ACAGCUGAGUUCGCCAUUGUUCAUCAUUAAUCGUCUACAAGUCGAAGUGAACAGUUCAAGAAGAAAAAAGUGCUCAAGCCAAAACUUUCUAUCAACGCUAUAAUUUAUUUUGCUGAAGAAAUCCAUUGAAAAUAUUCAACAUGCAAAUUUUCGUCAAAACAUUGACUGGUAAAACCAUUACCUUGGAAGUCGAACCAUCCGAUACCAUUGAAAACGUAAAGGCCAAGAUCCAAGACAAGGAGGGAAUCCCACCAGACCAACAACGUUUAAUUUUCGCUGGCAAGCAGCUCGAAGAUGGUCGUACAUUGAGUGACUACAACAUCCAGAAAGAGAGUACUUUGCAUUUGGUCUUGCGUCUCCGUGGUGGUAUGCAAAUUUUCGUCAAAACAUUGACUGGUAAGACCAUCACUUUGGAAGUUGAACCAUCCGACACCAUCGAAAAUGUUAAAGCCAAAAUCCAGGAUAAAGAAGGUAUCCCACCAGAUCAACAACGUUUAAUUUUCGCCGGCAAGCAGCUCGAAGACGGUCGCACAUUGAGCGACUACAACAUCCAAAAAGAGAGUACUUUGCAUUUGGUCUUGCGUCUCCGUGGUGGAAUGCAAAUUUUCGUCAAGACUUUGACUGGAAAAACCAUUACUUUGGAAGUCGAACCAUCCGACACCAUUGAAAAUGUCAAGGCCAAGAUCCAAGACAAGGAGGGAAUCCCACCGGACCAACAACGUUUAAUUUUCGCCGGUAAACAACUCGAGGAUGGUCGUACAUUGAGCGACUACAAUAUUCAAAAAGAAAGUACUUUGCAUUUGGUCUUGCGUCUCCGUGGUGGUAUGCAAAUUUUUGUCAAAACAUUGACUGGUAAAACCAUCACUUUGGAAGUCGAACCAUCCGACACCAUCGAAAACGUUAAGGCCAAGAUCCAAGACAAGGAGGGAAUUCCACCAGACCAACAGCGUUUGAUUUUCGCUGGUAAACAGCUCGAAGACGGUCGCACAUUGAGCGACUACAACAUCCAAAAAGAGAGUACUCUACAUUUGGUCUUGCGUCUCCGUGGUGGUAUGCAAAUUUUCGUCAAGACUUUGACUGGAAAAACCAUCACUUUGGAAGUCGAACCAUCGGACACCAUUGAAAAUGUAAAGGCCAAGAUCCAAGACAAGGAGGGAAUUCCACCAGACCAACAGCGUUUGAUUUUCGCGGGUAAACAGCUCGAAGACGGUCGCACAUUGAGCGACUACAACAUCCAAAAAGAGAGUACUUUGCAUUUGGUCUUGCGUCUCCGUGGUGGUAUGCAAAUUUUCGUCAAAACAUUGACUGGUAAAACCAUCACUUUGGAAGUUGAACCAUCGGACACCAUCGAAAAUGUCAAGGCCAAAAUCCAGGACAAAGAAGGUAUCCCACCAGAUCAACAACGUUUGAUUUUCGCGGGUAAACAGCUCGAAGACGGUCGCACAUUGAGCGACUACAACAUCCAAAAAGAGAGUACUCUACAUUUGGUCUUGCGUCUACGUGGUGGAGGAAAACCUUCUCGAAAAGGCACCCGAUCUGGUAAAAAAGAUGCAUUGCCUGUAUCUUGUGGUUCAUCUGGGGGUACUUCAUCUCAAUGUUCAUCUGGUUCUGGUGGUUCAAUAGAUAACAUUCCUGCACAAGCGGUUGAUCCCUCUAGUGAGAACGAAGAAACAAAAUAUAUCGAUAAAACGGUUGAAGGCUUCGACGAUAAUUGCAAAAAUAAAAUAAUAAGGGGUUUUGCUAAAAUUAUGUUUGACGUUGGUGCGACUCCGAAAACUGAACUCGAUAGGGCCUUUGCGGCCAGUGAGGCACGUAUGAAAGAAUUUACGAAUAACAGAAACGCUGCUCUGUUAGAAAAAAUUACGGAAUUGGUGGGACCUUCUGUCAACAAAGCUAAAAAUGAUUUGGCCCUAUUUACCGAAAUUCAAGCACUCGUAAACCUAUCGGAAGUCCACACGAGCCAAGUCCAACAAAAUAACGACAAUUCGCCGUCAACUUAAUGUCGUACAUUGAACGACUACAACAUCCAAAAGAAAGUACUUUGAAUUUGGUCUUUCAUCUCCGCGGAUGAAACAUUCAGUUUAAUAAAUUUCUCGAGCAAAAAAUAAUUAAAGUGCUUCGCAAACACUAUAUUCGUGUCAAAAAACAUUGUAAUUGAUUAUUCUGAUUGUUACCAAAUUCAAAAAAUGUGCUGCAAAUUAAAAAUUCCAAGAGAAAAAAA